CUGAUUCUCUGCUUCCUGCCUUGUUUUGCGCUUAUUUUCUUUGCCAUUGCUGCAGUUAUUUGAAAUACUUCGCGCCGUUUGUAUUAUUUGCUCUUUUUAUAUAAUGCGGCUGCCUCCCGUAUAUUCAUCGCAAAACAGGUUUUGUCCCAAGAUUGUUUUCUCUAGCAGGAUCUUACUGGUGUUUGUCUGGUUGUUGCUUACGGUGAAUAUGGACUGAAUAUAACAAGAAAAGCCGUAUAAAUGCGCCUGCCGUCGAAGAGAUACCCUGCGUUUGAAAUCGAAGAGGUGUGUGUGCCCUGGGUGCAGCCUGGCCUGUGCUGUGGUGGCGAUGAAAAACCCAGGAGCCGCCGAGAGCCGUCGGCUGGUCGAGCUGCUGGAGGGCGCUCUGGUCAGAGAGACUCGCCUCUGGAAGGUGCCCGUCUUCAAGAAUGGAUGCAUCCAGGGCGCUGACAUCUCUUUAUCCCAGCACCGAGAAAUGAUCGUUUGGCUUGGAGAAAUGAGCCGGCUGUUCCAGUUCUGUCCAGAGACCUUUGCACUGGGAGUCUGUGUCCUCAACCGCCUGCUGUCCACUGUCAAGGCCCAAACAAAAUACCUGAAAUGCAUUGCUUUUACCUCCCUGGUCCUAGCUGCCAAAAUCAAUGAGGAAGAUGAGGUAAUAGGUUCUGUCAAAGACCUGGUUGUGCAGAGCGGAUGCAACUUUUCAACAGCGGAGAUUCUUCGCAUGGAGAGGAUCAUUCUAGACAAGCUGCACUGGGACUUGUACACCGCAACACCUGUCGACUUCAUUCACAUAGUAAGUUAGACUUCAGCAGAUAGACAAGCAAACAGAACAGUUUUUUCUGUUUUUUUUGUUGGUUUUUUUUUUUUUUGUUGGUUUUUUUUUUUUUUACUGGACCUGAACUGUCAGAGCACCUCACAGGGAGCUGGCUGGACUUUGAAAUGCAUUGUGAAUUCAGGUCCUGGUCUUGCCCUUUAAAAAACACAGCAGUACAAAAGCACACAUUGAACCAUCAUGCUUCCUUCAAGGUUGUGUUCACGUACCCUCAACAAACCCCCACCCACCUCCCCCUGCCCCUGCAGUAAAGAAUUGGUCCUGUUAGAGAUUGUGCAUUUAUUGGAUUUCACUCAUUGUGCCCAUGAUUAUUAUAAACUGCAUAAAGUCC